CCGGAAGUGCGGCACAUGGCGGGUUUUUUCUGUUUCCAGCGCGUAAUGAAAACAAACCGUGUUCAGCCGGUUAAUCAUCGUUAAUACUGAAAUAACGCUCUAAUAAUGUGUUAAUUUAAUAAUUAAGUACUCAAAUUAAAGCCCCGGAUAUCCCUGGCUGUGUGGAGGAGCGCUGGUGGAGGAUAGAUAUUUUUAAUGGUAUUUUAUGCGGCUGCUGAUCCGGAUAAACACCAUGAGCAGGAUAAAGUCACAGGGGAAAAGAGCUGCACUGCCUAAAUCCAACAAACUGAAGCCUAACGUUAAACAAGAAGAGCCUUCAAGUCCAUCCUCCUGUCAUUUCUUUGAUGACCCUGCUGAACUGAAGCUCUUUCGCUCACAUCUCCUGUCCUGGUAUGACCAGAGCAAGAGGGAGCUACCAUGGAGGACUGUGGCCAUGAAGGAGCAGGAUGUCAACAUCAGGACAUACGCAGUGUGGGUGUCUGAGGUAAUGCUCCAGCAGACUCAGGUGGCUACAGUGGUGGACUACUACAACAAGUGGAUGAAGAGGUGGCCAACGGUGCAGACACUCGCAGAAGCUUCGCUAGAGGAGGUAAAUCAGAUGUGGUCAGGUCUUGGAUAUUACUCUCGGGGACGGAGGCUGCAUGAAGGAGCUCAGAAGGUGGUGUCUGAGCUGGGUGGGCAGAUGCCCAGGUCUGCUGAGGCUCUACUGAAGCAGCUGCCAGGGGUCGGGCGCUACACCGCUGGGGCCAUCAGCUCUAUCGCUCUGGGUCAGGUUACAGGUGCUGUGGAUGGGAAUGUGAUUCGGGUCCUGUGUCGUGUUCGGGCGAUCGGAGCAGACAGCACCAGUCCUGUGGUCACUGAGGCACUGUGGAAAAUAGCAGAAACUCUAGUGGACCCAAAAAGACCUGCUGAUUUUAAUCAGGCCUUAAUGGAACUGGGGGCGACAGUGUGCACCCCUAAAAACCCAGGUUGUGCUCGUUGUCCUAUUCAAACUCACUGCCAUGCCUAUAAGAAGGUGAGCUUAAAACAAGAGAAAGACACAAAAAGACUACUAAAUAAACUGGACUCAAAGCUGAACUGCAGUGUUCCUGAUAUAGAGAAUUGUUUGAGUGGCAGCUGUAAGCUCUGUCUGUCUGAGGGGUGGGACAGUGAACUCGGGGUACAGAAUUACCCCCGAAAACCCAUGAAGAAAGCGCCUCGUGUGGAGCGGACACUGACCUGUGUCCUGCACAGACAGAGCGACCAGGGGGAAAUUCAGUAUCUGCUCAUCCAGAGACCCAGUAAAGGGCUUCUAGCAGGAAUGUGGGAGUUACCCAGCAUGCUUUUGGAGGAGGGCAUCUCUGAGAAGAAGCACAGAGGGCUGUUAAGUGCUGAGGUGCAGAGAGUUCUGGAAACAUCACCAGAUGAAGAGUCCUUUCAGUAUUUGGGAGAGGUGGUCCAUAUUUUUUCACACAUCCACCAAACAUAUGUGGUAUACAGUGCGACUGUUUCUCUCUAUUCUGAGGCAGAAAGGGAGCAGAAAAUCAGCUGGCUCAGUGAUGCAGCUCUGCAGGCGGCUGCUGUGUCUACUGGGGUCAAAAAGAUUAUGAAGCUGUAUUAUGAGUGCACAAGCAAGCUAAAAGAUACCAAGGUGAAUAAGAAACGAAAGCAAAGCACUGACUCUGGAAAAGACAACCAGGCCAAACAGUCGAAGAGGAGGCAGGAGAGGUCAACAGAUGGAGGCCCAAAGCAACUCUCUCUCAGCCGGUUCUUUACUUCCUCAAAACCAGCAAACAGCUGAAACGUAUAACAUGAACUAUUACUGCCUACUGUUGUACUGUAUACCUUUUUAUGUGUAUUUUUAACUUCAACAUCAUCAUGUUUUGUGUGUGUUUAUAUAUAUAUAUAUAUA